UUUUUUAUUUUUAACUUUAUUUUGUUUAUAUAUAAGAAACCUCACUCACACACUUUAAUGCGGUAGUAGUAACCUAUCUUCUUCAUAGUUUUCUUAUCUCCUUUUAGGCCCUUUUUUCAUUUCGUCUCUCUUUAGGUAUGUGGGUAGUGUGGGUUGGGAGUGCGGGUGGGUUGGGAGUGUGGGAGUGUGGGAGUGUGGGUUGGGAGUGUGGGAGGGUGUGGGAGUGUGGGUUGGGAGUGUGGGUUUGUGUUGUGGUGUUUCAUUUUAUUUUUUUUUUUCGUCAUCUUUUUUUAGGUUUACCUUCUCUCUGUCUAGGACUUCUCUUUAUUAGAUCUCCUUUUAGGCCCUUUUUCUUUUCGUCUCUCUUUGGGUUUAUCUUCUCUCCAUCUAGGUCUUCUCUUUCUUUCUUUACGUCUUCCUUUCAUACAAAUUCUGUAUUGCCCGGUACCUUAUAUCACCGAUCCACAAGAUAAGCAUAAACUGAUUUAUUAUAUUUUUCUUUCUUGAACAUAAACUCUGACGGUAUUUUUUAGUUUAUAAGUACAUGUAAUUAAUUUCACUAUUUUGUCAUCUUUUUUUUUUUUGCUUUA